AUGUUGGACUCAUCCACUCAGUUCAAUGCAGACAGACUGUACUCCCCUCAGUACAACAAUUCGGGAGAGACUGCCUUCUUCCACGACAAGAAGGACGAACCACUCUCCGAUGAAGCAAUUUCAAGCCUGGUUACCGAGUUCAAGAAAGCCAGCCCUACGCACACAGACCUGCACCAGGAGAUCGUUCAAGCUGUUCGUCGAGUUCUUUGGAUUGAGAAAAUAGACGAUUUGCCGAUGCUAGCAACUUUCUCACGAUACUGUCUUUUCUACUUCCUCGAAAACUGCCAGUUGCAGAUCAAACCUGAUGACGAUGAUGGCAACACCAAGGUCCGAGCUAUCUUCACGUCAAUGCAAGUGCAUGCCAACUACACGACUUGCACCCCAGAGACUGCUUCAACCGUGCGUUGUACUGUUUCCGAGGUUGACAUCCCGGGGAGUGAAUAUGACGAGGAAGAACCGAGUGCAAACAAGGAGGUAUCGGACUGGCUGGGGGCAGUAUGCGAGCCUCUAGAACGAUCCAAUGUUCAACGCGCGCUUGCGCCUAAUUGA